CAUUUGGUCACAAUCCUCACAGUCACAGACACUGAGAGAGAGAGAGUCUCCAAUUCUCAAAUAAACAAACAGUGCUCAAAAGUCAAAAUUCAAACGGUUCCUUAUUCUUUCCGAUAAGGCCAUUGUUAUUUCCAAUGGCCUCGUCGACUUCAGUCCCAGCUGCUUCCCUCUGCCCCACUCGCGGCCUCUCUCUCCAUACCCUCACGCGCCGCCCCCUCAGAACUACAUCGCUCACCACCAGGAGGAGCUCUCUCAAGACUCGCAUUUGCGCCAAACUCGCCGAAAAGACCGAGUUGAAGUACAACAAAGUCGGGGACUCCGACCUCGUUAUUAGCGAAAUCACUUAUGGAACUAUGACAUUUGGAGAGCAAAAUACAGAGAAAGAAGCUCAUGAAAUUCUUAGCUAUGCAACUGAGCGUGGCAUUAAUGCUUUAGACACUGCCGAGGCUUACCCAAUUCCAAUAAGGAAGGAGACCCAAGGAAAAACUGAUCUCUAUAUUGGUAGCUGGCUAAAGUCUCAACCUCGUGACAAGGUUAUUUUGGCAACAAAAGUUAGUGGUUAUUCAGAACGAUCAAGUUAUUUGCGUGACAAUGCGAAGGUUUUACGGGUUGAUGCUGCAAAUAUCAAAGAAAGUGUAGAGAAAAGCCUUAAACGCCUCGGCACUGAUUACAUUGAUUUGUUGCAAAUUCAUUGGCCUGAUCGCUAUGUGCCAUUGUUUGGUGAGUUCUUUUAUGAUCCUUCAAAAUGGAGGCCAAGUGUGCCAUUUGUGGAGCAACUGAAGGCUUUUCAAGAACUUAUUGAUGAAGGAAAGGUACGCUACAUUGGUGUUUCUAAUGAGACUUCAUAUGGAGUAAUGGAGUUCAUUCAUGCAGCAAAAGUUGAGGGACUUCCGAAGAUUGUCAGUAUCCAGAACAGCUACAGUCUGCUAGUUAGAUGUCGUUUUGAAACUGAUCUUGUCGAAGUUUGCCACCCAAGCAAUUGUAACAUUGGUUUACUGGCUUAUUCUCCGCUGGGUGGUGGAUCGCUUUCGGGGAAAUAUAUAGAUACCAAUUCAGAAGCAGCAAGAAAAGGAAGACUAAACCUCUUCCCCGGCUACAUGGAAAGAUAUAACAAAUCUGUUGCCAGGGAAGCAACAAUAAAAUAUCUUGAGUUGGCCAAGAAGCAUGGCCUUACUCCAGUUCAGCUUGCACUAGGUUUUGUGCGAGACCGGCCAUUUAUGACAAGUUCAAUCAUUGGUGCAACCUCUGUCGAACAACUAAAGGAAGAUGUAGAUGCUUUUCUGACAACUGAACGGCCUUUGCCACUAGAAGUGAUGGCAGAUAUUGAAAACAUUUUCAAGAGAUACAAAGAUCCUACCAUCCUUUGAGGGUUACAUCAUAGAAGUACAUCUAUCCAUAUUAUUUUGUCCUCCCCCCACCCCCCCCCCCCCCCCCCCCCUUUCUCCCUAGAUCAUGAAAGAACACCCCACCUUUUACAUGGGGGAUGUUUGAUCGUGUACAAAGCAACUUCACGUCACCCUAAGAAAGCUUUAUCUAAGGUCUUAUGAGAAAUUUUGUUAUCAAUUAUCAUUAUCUGUAUGUAUAAUUCAGUUUAUAUGUAUUGACUACAAAUUGUAGAAUGCUCUCACCUAAUCAUAAUUUAUAAGCCUGCAUUUUUCUGUA